UUUUUACUUUAUUCAUUCAAAAUUUGUUGCUCGGAUUCCAAUGGGAACAGCCACUGUUGCAUCAACACUUGUCUACAUCGCCGAGAGGUGCAGUUCCAUGCGAGACCUGAAGCUUAUCCACGCCCACGCGUUCCGCACGUGCCUCCACCAACACACGGUGGUCCUCGGCAAACUCUUCCGCUUCGCCGCCGUAUCCCCCUUCGGCGACUUACCAUACGCCCACCGCAUGUUCGACCAAAUGCCCCAUCCAACCACCUUCUUCUACAACAUCCUCAUCCGUGCACACUCUCAAAGCACCACCUCCGCUUCCCACUCCACCCACUUGUUCAACCGCAUGAGGCAAAACGGCGUCGCCCCGGAUGAAUAUUCCUUCACCUUCUUGCUCAAAUCACGGUCAAGGUCAACGACCACACAACUGGUCGAUGAGAUACACGGUGCCGUUUUCAAGUUCGGGUUUUGUUACCACUUACAUGUCCAAAACGCGUUGAUACACUUGUAUGCCGCUUGGGGAGUGACCCUGUUGGCUCGCAGGGUUUUUGAGGAUGUUGUGAAAAUGGGUUUGGAGAUUGAUGUUGUGUCCUGGUCGGGGUUGCUUGUUGCACACGUAAGAGCUGGCGAGUUGGACAUUGCAAGAAGGGUGUUUGAUGAAAUGCCCCAGAGGGAUGUGGUUUCAUGGACAGCCAUGUUGUCCGGGUAUACCCGGGCAAAGCAGCCCAGAGAGGCGUUGGAGUUGUUUGGGGAGAUGAUGCAUGCUGGGGUGAGGCCGGAUGAGGUUACAAUGUUGAUUGUGAUCUCGGCUUGUGCCAAUUUGGGAGAUGUGGAAACUGGUAGGAUGGUUCACCGGUAUGUAGAGAAAAAUGGGUUUGGAUGGAUGGUUGCACUGUGCAAUGCUCUCAUUGACAUGUAUGGGAAGUGUGGAUGCUUGGAGGAGGCAUGGCACGUGUUCAAUGGCAUGAGGAGGAAGUGCUUGAUCACGUGGAACACGAUGAUGACUGCCUGUGCUAACCAUGGGAAUGCUGAUGAUGCAUUAUAUUUGUUUGAAUGGAUGAUUCGUUGUGGGGUUGUGCCUGAUGGGGUGACACUUCUGGCACUUCUGGUUGCAUAUGCUCAUAAGGGGUUGGUUGAUGAAGGAAUUAGAUUGUUUGAGAGCAUGCAAAGGGACUAUGGAGUUGAACCCAGGAUUGAGCAUUAUGGUGCCGUAGUAGAUAUGUUGGGACGCUCAGGGCGAUUACAGGAGGCGUAUGAUCUGCUCACAAGCAUUCCAAUUCCAAGCAAUGAUGUUAUUUGGGGAGCACUUCUUGGAGCCUGUAGGAUUCAUGGUGAUGUUGACAUGGGGGAAAGGGUAAUAAAGAAGUUGUUGGAGUUGAAACCAGAUGAAGGGGGAUACUAUAUUCUCCUCCGUGACAUCUAUGUUGCUGCAGGCCGGACUGUAGAAGCCAAUGAGAUGAGGCAAGCCAUGUUAGCUAGUGGAGCAAGAAAAACUCCUGGAUGUAGUUGGGUGGAAGCAUGAAGUUUAGUCAUGCAUCCGCAAUAAUCAUCAUUCAAUGCAAUUGU